UCACCGCUAGUAACCCCUUGUUCUUGCGCAGACUCAGUUGCUCCUUGGCUCUUGCCCAAACUGCAGGGUCGGUGUAAACCAGUUCUUAAGGUAAACUCCUGGUUCUUAUCAAAAACUGUCCUUCGUAAGGAGCCACAAAUCUUCCUGCGUCAAUUAGUUCUCGUUCCUUCUAGUCUAGCAACCUUGGCAAACCGUUAUUAUCCUUUUGCUUCAUCCCCUCCCGAUUCUUCCCGUCCUUGAAUAGGGUUCUAAAUUUACUAAGUAACUAUACUACAGACUUCAGAGAAACAUCCAAACUAGACACUACUUACUUUAGAAAAACAUCCAAACUAGACACUACUGAUUUUAGCAAAGCAACAGCAAAUUAGACAAUAAGGCCUAAAUCUUAUGCAUAUAAGCCGCUUACAUCUGGGGGUCUUUUGACCCUUAAGGUAUCACUUGCACUUGGGUUCAAGCUUAUAAAAGUUUAGGUUCAGUACUCACAUCAUGUAAUUGGGUCAAAAGAGUGAGCUUAAGCGAGUUGGAGGUUUUUUUUACUUCCAAGAUUUUUUUCCUCCUUAAACUGGUAGAUUUUCCCUUUUCAAUUGCUUUGGAGAGGGAGCCCUGUGGUCCUGCUGGGGCUGGCUUCCCAUACCAGGGCUUGCUGCCAGCAGGCAGGGAGGUCCAGCAGGUCGCGGGAAGGCCUGGGCUGCUUAGGCAAUGAUGGGGCUUUUCAGGCAUUUUCUUGAUCCAGCCAUAUUGCUACAGGAUGCAGGCAGAGGCCAUCUUGUGUGACAGCAUGUUAUCAAGAUACUUUUCCAUUUUGUGAAGUCUAAAACAGUCCCAUGAUCAACCCAGCACAGUUGGGCAUCUCUGACAAGGCGCUCUUUGGCUGUGCUGCUUGUUGCACAGGAUGGUGACUGCCAAGGUGUGGGUUCUGAAGAAGCACUUUGAGGGUUUCCCCAAAACCAGCGACUUCGACCUGAAAAAGAUAGAGCUGCCAGAACUAAAGGAUGGAGAGUUGCUGCUUGAAUCGGUGUUUCUCAGUGUUGAUCCUUACAUGAGACCGUACAGUCAAAGGGACAUGAAGGAAGGGGACAUAAUGAUAGGCACACAGGUUGCCAGGAUUCUAGAAAGCAAGAACCCUGCUUUCACAGUGGGGACCUUUGUCGUGGCUAGCAGUGGCUGGAGAACUCAUUUCAUCUCUGAUGGGAAAGAUCUACAACUCCUUCCUUCCAGCUGGCCAGAAUCACUCCCUAAAUCUCUGGCUCUUGGGACGGUUGGCAUGCCAGGCGUCACUGCGUAUUUUGGUCUGCUGGAGGUCUGCAAGGUGAAGCCAGGAGAGACGGUGCUGGUUAAUGCUGCUGCUGGUGCAGUGGGCUCUGUGGUGGGGCAGCUUGCUAAAAUUGGGGGUUGCAAAGUGGUUGGCUGUGCUGGCUCAGAUGACAAGGUUGCCUAUCUGAAAAAAAUAGGCUUUGAUGAAGCCUUUAAUUACAAGACUGUUACAUCUUUGGAUGAAGCACUGCGUAAAGCCUCUCCUGAUGGCUAUGACUGUUUCUUUGACAAUGUGGGUGGAGAAUUUGCCAGUAUUGCUAUCAACCAGAUGAAAAAAUAUGGAAGGAUUGCAGUCUGUGGAGCCAUCUCUCAGUACAAUGACUCUGUGCCUCAGCAAGGGCCUUACCUGCAGGUUCCAAUGAUCUUCAAAGAGCUUCGAAUGGAAGGGUUUAUUGUGACCCGCUGGAAUAACCGCCGGAAGGAAGCUCUGAAGGCACUGCUAAAAUGGGUUGUGGAGGGAAAAGUGAAGUGCCAUGAACAAGUCACUGAAGGAUUUGAGAACAUGCCAGCAGCUUUCAUUGGAAUGUUAAAGGGAGAAAAUCUUGGAAAAGCCAUUGUAAAAGUCUGAAGGUCACAGGUUCUUGGGAGACUGGCACAAGAGAAUGGGAUUCUAUUAAGUGCUUUUAAACUCACUGAUCAAAAAGCAUGUUUCAGUCUUUUUGCUAGACGCUUGGUGAUGAUAAUUUCUGUUAAUAACUGGACUAAUACAUAUAAGUAUACAGCAAUGACUUUGCUCUUUAAGAACUUGAGAGUUGCUUCCCAAAGCAACAACAACAAAAAGCCA